AUGGCAAUGCAGCUUGACAUGUCUCAGGCUUCGGUCUUGAAGGACGAACAGGGACGGCCAUUUAUUGUCGUUCGGGAUCAGGGAAAGAAGAAGAGACAGCAUGGCACUGAGGCCGUUAAGUCACACAUUGUUGCCGCGAAGACGGUGGCUAGCAUUGUCAAGUCUUCUCUGGGUCCCCGUGGUCUUGAUAAGAUUCUGAUCUCCGCCGACGGCGAUAUCACCGUCACCAAUGACGGCGCAACUAUUCUCGGACAGAUGGAGAUCACAAACAACGUGGCGAAGCUGCUGGUCGAACUUUCGCAGUCUCAGGACGAGGAGAUCGGCGAUGGCACGACCGGUGUCGUGGUGCUGGCAGCGGCCAUGCUUGAACAAGCCUCGGACCUCAUUGACAAAGGCAUCCACCCCAUCCGGAUAGCCGACGGAUACGAUCAGGCCUGCGAAAUCGCCAUUGCGGAGCUCGACAGAAUCAGUGACGAAAUUACAUUCAGCAAAGAUGAUACCACCAACCUCCUCAAAGUGGCCAAGACCAGUCUGGGCAGCAAGAUUGUCUCCAAGUCCCACGACCAAUUCGCGAAGAUCGCUGUUGAUGCCGUGCUCUCGGUUGCCGACUUUGAGCGCAAGGAUGUCGAUUUCGAGUUGAUCAAGGUUGACGGCAAGGUCGGCGGAUCCCUCGAGGACUCUCUGCUUGUCCGUGGUGUUAUCGUGGACAAGGACUUCUCUCACCCCCAGAUGCCUGACGAAGUUCGGGAUGCCAAAUUGGCCAUCUUGACCUGUCCCUUUGAACCUCCCAAGCCCAAGACCAAGCACAAGCUUGAUAUCACAUCUGUUGAGGAGUUCAAGAAGCUGCAGGACUACGAGAAGGAGAAGUUCACAGAGAUGAUCCAGCAGCUGAAGGAAUCGGGUGCCAACCUGGUCAUCUGCCAGUGGGGUUUCGAUGAUGAGGCCAACCACCUUUUGCUCCAGAAUGACUUGCCUGCCGUUCGGUGGGUUGGUGGGCCUGAGAUUGAGUUGAUCGCCAUUGCCACAAACGGCCGUAUUGUGCCCCGCUUCGAGGAUCUGUCCUCUGAGAAGCUCGGCACGGCUGGUGUUGUCCGCGAGAUGAGCUUCGGAACUACGAGAGAGAAGAUGCUGGUGAUUGAGGAGUGUGCCAACACCCGCGCAGUGACGAUUUUCGUUCGUGGAAGUAACAAGAUGAUCAUUGAUGAAGCCAAGCGGUCACUACACGAUGCUCUGUGUGUCGUCCGCAAUUUGGUGCGCGACAACCGUGUGGUCUACGGAGGUGGUGCUGCCGAGAUUGCUUGUUCCAUUGCCGUGGAGGACGCCGCUGUCAAGAGCCCCGGCAUUGAACAAUAUGCCAUGCGCGCCUUCGCUGAUGCGCUGGACGCUGUGCCCUUGGCCCUUUCCGAGAACUCUGGCUUGAGUCCCAUUGAGACCCUUGCCUCUAUCAAGUCGCGCCAGGUCAAGGAGAAGAACACCCGACUCGGUGUUGACUGCAUGAUGACUGGCACCAACGGUACGCCCCUAGAAAACCAUUCCAAACUCAGUUGCGUUCAUCCGUCUAACUUGGGCUCUUUAGAUAUGCGCGAGCACUUCGCUAUUGACCCCCUGAUUGGCAAGCGCCAGCAACUUCUGCUUGCUACCCAGCUAUGCCGUAUGGUUCUUAAGAUCAACAACGUCAUUAUCUCUGGUGAUGAUCAGUCUGAGUUCUAG